AUGGACAGGCGCCCAGAGAUAGGAGACCCUUCGAGGUCGAGAAAGAACAGUGAUAAUAACGAGAAUAAUCACAGCAUCAGUUCAUUUCGCAGCCGAUCGCCCACCCUGAGUCCCUCGCCGCCGUUUAACACCCAGAACCGUCGGCUACAACUGCGUAACGCUCGAUUCAGGGGGGCAUUGCUUGCCUCGGCCUCUGCAUCCGCUUCAACGCCUGCCACUGCGUCUUCCUCCAGACAAUACCAUCGCCAGGGCCAUCAUAGCAGACGCUCAAGCAUCCUAAGGGAGUUGGGAAACUCUACCCAGCGAAGGAGAUCUCAACAUACCUCCCGUGUACCGGUGACAUCUAUAUUUCCGUCGCAGCCGGACUCGCCUCCAUGGUCUGCGUCGUUUGGCCGGCCCAAAGCUAGCGUUGAGGAUCUGGAUCAGACCCACGACUUAGAGCCGGAUCUCGACUGGGAAGAGAAGAUGCAGCUACAGUCUACGAGAAAAGCGUCGAUAUCGUCGCAGAAGAGCAGCACUUUCACCAGUGUUGACCGGCUUAAAAGACCAAAGGGACGGAAUCGAGAUGGCCGUCGAGAUGCAUCCCAGUACAUUGAGCAUCUCGAGAACCAGCUUGCAGCCACACUCCAGGAUGCCGAGUUGGCUGAUGCAAAGACUCACGCUGCCCGAUACAAGGCACUAAACACUGAGUAUCGGAUCCUGAGACAGGAACUGACUGAAUGGGAGGAGAAGUUUGAAGCUCGGGUGCAAGACGAAGAGGCAGCGAUUGCAGAGCGAGAAGCACAACUAAAGAUACGCAUACGAGCGUUGGAGCGUGAGGUAGAAACGAAAGACAACAAGAUCAGAGAGCUCGAGUGGGAGGUUGAGAAAGAGGCCCAGAACCGACGGACGCUGGAAGCUGUCACUGCUACGAACCGUAGUCUGGAACGUCGAGUCGAUGUCCUGACUGAACUGCUUGCUCAGUCACCUACUAGAGUCGAACUGCCUCCUCCACCACCAGCCUCAGCGGUAGACGGUGCCUCCUCGAUGCCUGGCGGAGAUGGUAGUAUGUGUCGUACACCUCGACCCAAGUCAAUGUUUACCAAGAUACCUCUGUCUCCUGUUCGGCAGCCUCUUUUCCAUCCCACCAGCGAGCCGGACGCUUCGUUCUCUGACCCGUGCAAGAGGGCUUCGGGGGAUGAAGACUCUCGUUCCUUUGAGCUAGCAUCUGUGGACUCCGGGUUUGAUUCUGGCCCGUCACAUUCCCAGCGUACUUCUCUUCUAUCAAGCCAGUCUGGUCCUGGAUCAGCAACGUCGUUCCCGUUAUCACCAGAACUCCAACUGCAGGGGAAAUUCCAGUCUCGAAAGAGAAAGAUGCGCCGUUUCCCUUCUGGUUGCUGUACGUUGAAGCCGCUUGUCUUGCCUACUGCAUCUGCUGCGCUCUCGCCUUAUGCUCCUCCAGUAAACCCAUCGUCGUCACCCAGUUCUAUACAACAACAGCGCCUAGCACGGUAUUUUUCAACGUUACGAUACUCAAAGGCUGGAUCGGGUUACGACGAGUCAUUGUAUGAUGACGAGACGGAUGGGGAUGAUGCCGAUAUGGAUGCCGCGAGAGUAAAUGCACUUGACUCGCUGGAGGGUAAUACCGUGCACUACCAGUCCUUUGAAGAAGCGAUGGCCGGCCAUGACUUGUCCUUUGACGACAUGGACGAGUUUGGACAUAGCCCAUUUGCCCCAGCUAAGGGCAACUCGCCAGGGAGUGAAGCAAUAAGCUACGAAGGAGAAGGCACCGUUAGAAGACGACGCAAUCGCAAUCGCCAGACAUCGACUCUACGCAUCGACAUAGGCCCUGUUAGCCGUAUAUUUUCGGCCGGACAACACCACACUUCGCUCUCAUGGCUUGAAAAGUUACAGCUGUACAUUCCCCAGCUACUGGCCAAUACUCGAACGCUGACCUGCCGUAUCUUGUCUAAUGCAUGGCAUUCCAACUGGCGCCGGCUAGGUGGUAUAUCCUGGUGGUUCCUCGGGCUUUUGCUUGGUACACAUACACGGAACCAGUGGGCCAGGUAUUCCACCAUUCGAAGUGCACGAUGCGUUGGAGGUAUGGAGAAAGCUGGCACGGAGGCGGACCGGGAGCCAUCAACUCCUGUCAGCGUCAACCAUCAUCGACCAGACACUGCAGCAUCACUUCCAGCCUGCUGUACAUUCGCCAUGCAGGAAUGGCUCAAGUUCUCCGUCACGCUUGUGCUAGCCAUUGGUCUCGCUAUCCGUGACGGACCAAGCACACUGAUAUGUCCCUGUCCGCUACCAGAAAAUAACAUCAGCUCGGACCUUGACGCCGACGCGAUGUUGGAACCAGAAGUUUAUCCAUCAUCGCCCAAAUACCAGUCUGUACGCACCAGCUUAUCAGUUCUCAGCCCGAGUGCUCUUCCUAGAGACGAUGAAGCAUUUGAUAACGGCCCUGACUGA